AUGCUUGAAACGGAAGAUUCUCUUCUUUCUCCACCAUCUGAGGCUGUCUCCACUGUUCCGCUUGAUGCAUCCCUACGCACCACUCCAAUCCACCCCGAUCUUCCUGAAAUCCAAGUACCAGGAGAACCACUUCCAGCCUAUCGCUAUCAUCCAGUCACUUGUCAGCCAAUUGAUGAGCAAGAUGUGAAAGCCGAGCUGGAACAGCUGCGUCAAGAAUUCCCAACUCGUGAGAAAGCCUUGAGAGCGCAAGAACAGGCCGCUAAGGAAGUGAAAAGAAAAAUCGAGGAAACUGAGAAGAAGAGAGAACAAGUCCAGAGAGCAAUGGACAAGAAAAUCAAAGAGCGGGAUACAGAGCUUAAAGUUGUUUCCAAAUACCACCAAGCGAAGGCUGCCGACAUACCAUCUUGA